AUGUUACUGGCCCAGAACCCAGCGACCGUUGACUUUGCACAAACGCCUCGCCGACGCCCCAUAAGUUUACGUUGUUUGUUUUUUUCAGAUGGCAACGAAUUACCUCAACCUCCUUUAUCAACAUUUACAAAACUUACAAGAUCACAAUCUCAAAUAGACAAAUCAACAUUAAUAGAUUUAUUGCCUCAUUUAAAAGAAAAUACAAAUUUAACAACUCUAAAUUCUCAAAUAUUGCUAAAUUCUUCAAAAAUAUUACGGUCUCCACCAGAAAUUAUUUUAAUGAUUCCAAGUACUUUUAGGGAAGGGGAAAAUUAUUUGUUCCAAACACUCCAUAAUUUAUUAGAAAAUAUAGCAGAAGAAGAAUUACAUAUAAUUCAAAUAAUUAUUUUAAUAUCUGAAAAUCCGUGGGAUUUAAAAAUGGAAGAAAAGAAGGAAAAUGUUACAAAAUUAAUUUAUCAAAAAUUUAAAAAUGAAAUUAACCAGGGAAUUUUGGAAGUUAUUUCACCCCCUAUUGAAUUGUUGGUGAAUUUUUAA